UUCAAUUUUUACAUAUUACUGUACAAUUCAGUCCAAUUUCAGGAUGCCUACUGGGGCAGUGGUGAAGUAGUGAAGGACAACGAACGAAUUGAAGUAUUCAAAGUGGACAUUGCCGAUGAACACUCUCUAUCAAUGGAUUGGCACUCAUUUAUGAAAAACCUUUCGGAAGUAAUGUCGUCUUUUGAUUGGAAGCAACAUCAGCACUUUUUGAACACCUUCAAACAGUACAGGACAGAAAUCGAAGGUCUACCUAUCCAUUUCUUACGUAUUUCGUUGCCAAAAGAGUCAACCAAGGACACGGUACCUCUCCUGAUGCUUCACGGGUUUCCUGGAAGCUAUUGGGAUUUCUUCAAGGUUAUCCCGAUACUCACAAAUCCUGUUCGAUUUGGAUUUGAUUUUGGUGUCAGGAGACCUCUCCUUUUCGAGGUGAUCGUUCCAAGUUUACCUGGCUUUAUAUUUUCCGGAAAGCCCUCCAAAAGAGGGUUUUCAACAACGGAUAUGGCGAGGAUUAUGGCCAAGCUGAUGCAACGUCUCAGUGUCAAAUCCUAUUUCAUACAAGGCUCGGAAUUGCUUGGAACAGAAAUCGCGGCCGUAAUGGGCGGACUCUAUCCGACCCGUGUUCGCGGAGUGCAUCUUAGCAACCCGAUAAUUCAUCCUCAUUCCUUUCCACAGGUUUUCUUUAAUUCUUUCCAACUAAUGGAUUUUAGAGAAUUGAAGAGCUCAAAGUUGAAGACCCCUUGUCGAAGGAACACAAGUAAUCGGCAGCGUUUACGACACCUCUAUAUGAUGACUUCAGGUGACGCGUUGUCUUCUUCGCCUUUGGGCACGUCAUCAUACCUAAUGUCGGUCUGGUCGUCGUUUUCAUCUCGAGACCGGUCGGUGCUGCUGAAUCGGCUCUUUACGCUAGAUGAACUCGCUACCAUAUCGUAUCUCUACUACCUCACCGAAAGCACUCCCCAUGCCAUGAGGAUAAUGCUCAUGUUCCUGAACGAAGAUCUGUUACAAAUACGUGUACCAUGCGGGAUUCUACAGUCGCCUGCGGUCCCAUGGAGCACACCCAACUCAAUUGCUCGUCAUCGCUUCCUCAACAUCACUUCCUUUACUACAGUGCCCAAAGGCGGAGCUUUUCUGCAUUUACAGGAGCCACAAAAUUUUGCUGCCGAUGUUUUCCGAUUUGUUGAAAGAGUAAUGAUGUAA